CGUUUGUUUGUGUGUCUGUGGUGAUGAUUACACGUUUUGCAAUUACGCGUAUUUUUAUUUAGCAACAUAAUUGUAAUAUUAUUAGAAUUGAGAAUUCUCAGUGUAAAUAGAAGUAGUUUCCCUAAAACUAUAUAGGCAGGAAGUUAAAUAAACCCAAGAUGGGGUCUAAAAAACAUAAAAAGGAAUCUAAAAAGAAGAAGCACAGGAGUAGGUCACGAUCGCCUUUGGACGGUGAAGAGCGUGAACGCAAAAGGCACAGGAAGCACAAAGAUCGCAAAAAAGAUCGUUCUCCAGACGUGGAGGAGGUGCCGGUGGACUCGCACCUGGUGAAGGACAACGGUGUGCGCUCGCGCAGCCUCACCGACAGCCCGCCGCGCGAGCCCCGCCCACGUGACGAUGUCUACAGGGACAGUAGGAGCCAGGAGUCGAGCGAGGCGUCCGCGCCCGCGGGCGGCGCCGCGCACGAGAGCCUGUCUGUCGCGGAGACCAACAAGCUGCGAGCCAAGCUGGGGCUCAAGCCGCUCGAGGUGGCCGAGAAACAGGCUGACGACGGCAAGAUCAAAGACGACCUGGGCGAGUUCUACCACAAGCCGGCCGCCAACAUCGCGCAGCAGCGCAAGGCGGACAAGCUGCGCGAGCGGCUCGACGAGCGGCGCGAGAAGCGGCUCAUGGAGAGCAAGCUGCAGACCGCGCUGCUGGCCGACGAGUCGGACGGCGAGGACGCCAGCGCCUGGGUGCGCAAGUCGCGCGACCAGGAGAAACAGAAGCGGGAGGCUGCCAAGCGGGCGGCGAUGCUGGACGAGAUGGACGCCGAGUUCGGCGUGGGCGCGCUGCUGGCGGACGAGCGGCGCAGCGAGCGCGCCGCCGCCUACGCGCCGCAGCACCUGCGCGGGCUGCGCGUGGCGCACGAGCUGGCGGCGCUGCCCGACGAGCGCGACACCGUGCUGACGCUGGCCGACAAGGAGCUGCUGGCCGACGACGCCGAGGACGUGCUCGUCAACGUCAAUUUGCUGGACGACGACAAGUACAGGAAGAACAUCGUGGAGCGCAAGAAGGCGCGCGCCGGCUACCAGGCGUACGACGAGGAGGCGGAGCUGCAGGCGGCGCUGGGGUUCGCGCGGCCCGUACUCGCCAAGUACGACGACGAGAUCGACGCGGGCGCUGCCGGCCGCAGCAAGGGCUUCCGCAUCGGCGACGACGACGCCAUACAGGCGCAGCGCUUCCGGGACAUGAUGCGCGCCGAGCGGCUGGCGGGCGGGCCGGACCGGCGCCUGGAGUCGCUGGCGCUGCCCGAGCGCCGCAUCGCCUCCGACUACUUGGACGAGCACGAGGUGCAGGCCAAGUUCAAGAAGUUCAAGAAGAAGGGCAAAAUCCGCAAGAAGCCGAAGCAGGAGCCCAUCGACGUGGACGAGCACGAGGCGGGCACCGCUCCGCUGCACACCGACGACACCGACGUGAAGCCGGAGCAGUUCUGCGCGGCGCCGGCGGACGAGGACGACGCCGAGCUGGACACGGAGCUGCAGGCGGCGCUGGCGCGCGCGCGCCGGCUGCGCCAGGCGGAGCAGGCCGCCAGCAGGGUGCCCAAGGUGGAGGAGAUCCUGCAGGUCAGCAAGGCGGAGCCGGCCGAGGAGGAGCCGGCGGAGGACAGCGCCAUGGUGCUGGACGCCACGGCGGAGUUCUGCCGCACGCUGGGCGACAUCCCCACCUACGGGCUGGCGGGCAACCGCGACCAGCGCGCGGAGAUCAUGGACUUCGACCGCGAGGAGACGGACGCGGAGCCCGAGGCGGAGGCCGCGGCGGGCGCGUGGAGCCGCGUGGACGUGCACAGCGAGAGGCCGGCCGAGCUGGGCGCGGGCGGCGCGGGGCUGGAGGCCGAGCCCGCGCUGGGCGCCGGCGUGGCGGGCGCGCUGCGGCUGGCGCUCAGCAAGGGCUACCUGGAGCGCGCGGGGGCGCCGCCGCGGCCCGCGCGCGCGCCGCCCGCGCUGGCCGCGCACUACAGCAUCGAGGACAAGGCGCACGAGGACGACAAGCACGGGCGGCGCGAGCGCGGCUACGCGGGCCCGCUCAGCGACUUCCGCGAGAAGACCAACUUCCGGCCCAGCAUCAAGCUGGAGUACGUGGACGACGACGGUCGCCCGCUGUGCGCCAAGGAGGCCUUCCGCUACCUGUCGCACAAGUUCCACGGCAAGGGGCCCGGCAAGAACAAGCAGGAGAAGCGCAUCAAGAAGGCGCAGCAGGAGGGGCUGAUGAAGAAGAUGAGCUCGACGGACACGCCGCUCAACACGCUGCACAUGCUGCAGCAGAAGCAGAAGGAGACGCACUCGCCCUUCGUCGUGCUCAGCGGCGCCAAGCGCGAGCCGGCCAACUAGCGCCUGCCCCCCGUCCCCCGUCCCCCCGUCCCCACCAGCCACCGCACGCCGAUCAGCAUGUCGCGUCGACCCACCCUUCACAUUCACAUGAUUCGAUUGACGUCACAUAAUUGUUACCACAACAGUAUGCAGUAA